CUUUAAAAAUGCUAAUAUUCCAUAGAGUCAUAUUUUCAAACACCUGGCGGCCACCAUGCUCACUCCUCUCUAUCAUCCGUCGGCUCCGCUGCCAGUUCAGUUUCUCCAAUUGUGUAUCUAAGUGCUACAUUGAUGAAGAGUGUAAUGACUUUUUACCGUGGUUGGAACACAAGGCAGGGGUGGAGAUAUCUUCCUUGCUUUCAAUUGGAAAGUCUGCUAAUGGAAGGUCGCUCGUUGCUCGUCACCUUAUAAACCCAGGCGAUUGCUUGUUGAAGGUUCCUUACAACGUGCAAUUGGCCCCUGAUGAUCUUCCUAGAGGAAUCAAUUCAUUAUUAGGAGAUUAUGUGGGCAAUGUUGCUAAAGUUGCCUUGUUGAUUUUAUACGAGCAAAAUUUGGGCAAGAAAUCGGAAUGGGACCCUUACAUUACUCGUCUUCCCCGGCCUGAAGAUAUGCAUAACACAAUAUUCUGGGAUGACAGUGAGUUAGAGAUGAUUCAACGAAGUUCCUUACAUAAAAAAACAAUUAUGCAUAAGCUGUUUGUUGAACAAGAAUUCUCAACAAUUAAGGAGGUUGGAAAGUUUUACUUGCCUGUGUAA